AUGUACUCAGACGGACGUAAGAUAACUAAACUUGAUGAAGAUAUACUUCAAAAGUUGCAAUCACAAGUCACCAUAGAUUCAUUCGGCACUGCUAUAAAGGAGUUGGUACAAAAUAGCAUCGAUGCUGAAGCAAAGAAGAUAAUUGUCAAGGUUGAUGUCACUAGUUUAAGUGCCAUGGUUUGCGAUGAUGGAUUUGGAAUGAUUCCUGAAAACUUGGAAAAGAUAGGUGAAAGGUUUUAUACAUCCAAGUUAAGCUCGUCUCAAGACCUAAAGAGUAUUUCAACAUUUGGAUUCAGAGGAGAAGCAUUACACUCAUUGAAUACUAUUUCAAAGUUACAUGUCAUAUCCAAGCACAAAUCUUAUAAUUCUUCUUAUAAGUUACAUAACAACGGAUUAAGAAAGCAAAGUAUGAUAUUUGAUUUUGAUAAAUUACCCACUGAUAAUGGUUUUCUUCCUGACACCAUCAAAACUGAAGGUACAAUUAUAUCAUUCUCAAAUCUAUUCCACAAUGUGCCGAUUAGAAGAGAUCAUAUACUAAGACUACCUAACUACAAGUUAGUUGAUGAGGUAAGAGGUGGUAUUUUUGAAUCGCUCGUUAAGAGUCCUUCAGUGCAUAUUGUGGUGUAUCAAGUUAAUCAUUUAUCAAAAGAGCUAGCAAAGCUUUUUGAGGUUAAUGACCCAAAAGAUAAAUAUGCUGGGCUGUUUAAAAGUGUAUACGGUGAUAACUUACUUCUUCACUACGAAACUAUUCAUGCAUCGUUUAGAGGUUUUAAGAUUUCUGGAUUUAUAGGGAACCCACAAUCGAAAAAAUUUCAAUUUAUUUUCAUUAAUGGACGAUCAUUCAACAUACCAGCAGAAGAUUUGAAAGAUUUAAAUAAAAUAUUCAGAAAGCUUGAUAAUGUGGAAGACUCGCCAAGAAAGUCAACUACUGUUGGUACUCCUUUUUAUCAGUUUCAAACGUUUGUGAUUAAUGUUAAAUGCCAAUCUUCUACUGAAGAAUUGCUUCAGGAUCCAACAAAAACCAUAUACAAUAGCAAGAAUUGGGAAAUAAUUUUCAAAUUAUUGAAAAAGAUGUUUGUUAGUUACGUUGAAUCUCGUGGCCUUCAAAUGAAUCUUCCCCAUAUCAAUAUGGAUAAAACUCCAAGUCCUAAAAAGCAACGUACAGUAGAAAGUCCUUAUAGUCCUUCAUUGGCAAGGUUUGCUCUAAAUACUCAUCUGAAGGUUGGCUACUUAAGGGAAUCAGAAGUCAAAGGCAUUGUCCAAGGGUCAGAUCAAAACUCAGUUUCACCAACCAAAGCUUCCAGAUUAAAGAAAUUUCCAAUUCUAGAAAAUGGAGGAUUGAUAGCACGAGCCUGCAAAUCUAAUGAUGUAAGUGAUGCGGAUAUAUAUAAGCCAAAGUCUGAGAUAGCUGAGUUAUCAAUAUCAAAACAAGAUUUCAAGGUGGGUAAUUAUCGAGUUAUUCGACAAAUUGAUAAGAAAUUCAUCUUGCUACAGAUGAAUAUUAACAAAACAUCGAACUUAAUUAUUGUUGAUCAACACGCAUGUGAUGAACGGAUUAAUGUUGAAAGAUUAUUACGAGAAUUUGUUGAAACUAUUCUCAAUCAGGAUAUCGACUUGCUGACUGAAUUAUCAAAUCCAAUUAGGCUUAAUAUAAGUCAGCAUGACCACAUAUUGUUUGACCAAUAUCGUGAAAAUUUCAAGCUCUAUGGUAUAAAAUAUGCUGAGGAUAAGGAUUCUUUUUGCAUUACUCAUUUGCCGCCUAUAUUGAUAGAAAAGGUUAAGGAUGAUACUAAAUUUCUAGAAUCAUGUUUGCUUCAACAUAUAUAUGAUUUAAAUAACAACAUAAAGUCAGCCAAACUCAAUGAUGACUGCUUUAUAAACAUAUCAAAUUUGCCAAGGAUCAUAAUAGAAAUCAUAAAUUCAAAAAGUUGCCGUUCAUCAAUUAUGUUUGGUGAUGUGUUAAGUAUAGAACAAAUGGAGAAGAUGAUUCAAGACUUAAGUAAUUGUAGGUUGCCAUUCCAGUGUGCUCAUGGUCGUCCGUCAAUUGUACCAUUGAUUAAUUUAUCUGAUUCAUUUAUAGAGAAGUAA